UCCGCUUGGGGGCGCUAGACUCCCUUGAAGGUGGGUUCACUAUCUUCGCAGCGGUGUGUGAAAGCCAGUUCAGCUCCUGAACCCCACAAUUGUUCAACAGGCUUUUGGUGCCUGACCGGUUUCAGAAGACAGAAUCUGGAUGACUAGGACAUUUUCUUUUGGCACUCAUAUGACAGAGGCAACAGCAUUGUGUCUGGUUUAAGCAGGCGAGCUCUUCAAACCCAGGCCGUGGGGCAAGUAUGAAGCCUGAACACAGAACGAUAGCCACAAGAUAGUGGACCAGGAGUGCCGUGGCCUACCACACUAGGUCUACAGCCAUAAAGAAGAGGAUGUCUCUGAGGAGGAUGAGCACACCAUCCUUCCAAAAGCAGAGGAGGAGGAGGCCUUCUCCCCAGGCCCUGGGGAACAUUGUGGGCUGCAGAAUUUCUCACGGAUGGAAAGAAGGUGAUGAGCCCGUCACCCAAUGGAAGGCCAUUGUUCUAGAUCAACUGCCAACAAGUCCCUCUCUCUACCUGGUCAAGUAUGACGGAAUUGACUGUGUCUACGGACUGGAACUUCACAGCGAUGAGAGGAUUUUAAAGCUUAAGGUCUUGCCUCACAAAGUAGUGUUUCCUCAAGUGAAAGACGCCCAUCUCGCAAGCGCCAUGGUUGGCCGAGCUGUGGAGCAUAAAUUUGAGGGUAAACAUGGCUCUAAGGACAACUGGAGGGGGGUGGUCCUAGCCCAGGUGCCGAUCAUGAAGGCCUGGUUUUACAUCACCUACAAGAAAGAUCCGGUCCUAUACAUCUACCAGCUCCUGGAUGAUUACACAGAAGGUAACCUCCGUAUCAUUCCAGAGACUCCUCCAGCAGAGGUGAAGUCAGACGUUGACAGCAACAUCUUAACAGGUCAAUGUGUGCAGUACACCAGAGGCGACGGGUCCAAAAAGAUUGGCAAGGUCAUUUACCAAGUUCUAGCCAAGCCUUCCGUGUACUUCAUCAAGUUUGAUGGUGACAUCCACAUCUACAUCUAUAAUCUGGUGGAAAAGAUCCGUUAAGGUGAAAUUCACAAAGUGCGGGGGACAUGGAUGGGUAAUUUAUAGGAUUGGGAGGAAAAUGUUUGUUUUUCUGUGUGUCAGAUACCCAAGGGUCUUUGACAACCCCAGUAUCUUUUCCAGUGGAAUUUGUUUUUGCUCUAAAAAUUAAAAUGUGCGAUAUGA